GAGUGGGGGGCCGGGCGGCCGCAGCGGAGGUGUGGGGAAGGCGGGGAAAGGAGCGAGCGGCCCCCAGCCACCGCCGAACGCCGGCGGGGAGGGAGGGGGAGGAGGGCGCUGGGCGGCCCGGUUUCGGCAGCCCCAUCCGCGCUCCCCCUGCCCAGCCCCGGCCAUGAAUAUGUAACUCCCCUCUAUUUCCCGAGCUCCAUUGCGGAGGCUGCUGCUCGCCAUAUUGUGCUGCUGGGGCUGUGGCUUCUUUGCCGGUGAGAGACGGUGACGGGAGGGAGCGAGCGAGCGGCGCGGCGGCCUGAGGCGGGUGCCCGGCGGGCGCCAUGUCUCAAGCCGUGCAGACGAAUGGGACGCAACCUUUGAGCAAAACGUGGGAGCUCAGUUUGUACGAAUUGCAACGAACGCCUCAGGAAGCGAUCACUGAUGGCUUGGAAAUAGUGGUGUCACCGAGGAGCCUGCACAGUGAACUGAUGUGUCCCAUCUGUCUGGAUAUGUUGAAGAACACCAUGACGACGAAAGAAUGUUUGCAUCGCUUCUGUGCUGACUGCAUCAUUACAGCCCUCAGGAGUGGCAACAAAGAGUGUCCCACCUGUCGUAAAAAGCUAGUUUCAAAGAGAUCACUGAGACCAGAUCCCAAUUUUGAUGCUCUCAUCAGUAAAAUUUAUCCAAGCCGAGAUGAAUACGAAGCUCAUCAGGAGAGGGUGCUCGCCAGAAUCAGCAAGCACAACAACCAGCAAGCUUUAAGUCACAGCAUUGAGGAGGGAUUAAAGAUUCAGGCUAUGAACAGGCUACAGAGGGGCAAGAAACAGCAGAUUGAGAAUGGCAGCGGAGCAGAAGACAAUGGUGACAGCUCACACUGCAGCAAUGCCUCAACGCACAGCAAUCAGGAAGCGGGGCCCAGCAACAAGAGGACCAAAACCUCGGAUGAUUCUGGGCUAGAACUGGACAAUAACAACACAACUGUGGCAAUAGACCCCGUCAUGGAUGGUGCUAGUGAAAUCGAAUUAGUCUUCAGGCCUCACCCGACCCUCAUGGAGAAUGAUGACAGCGCACAGACGAGAUACAUCAAGACCUCAGGCAAUGCCACCGUCGAUCACUUGUCCAAGUACCUGGCUGUGAGAUUGGCUUUGGAGGAGCUUCGUAGCAAAGGAGAAUCCAACCAGAUGAACCUCGACACGGCCAGCGAGAAGCAGUACACCAUUUACAUUGCUACGGCCAAUGGGCAGUUCACUGUAUUAAAUGGGUCAUUCUCCUUGGAACUGGUCAGCGAGAAGUACUGGAAAGUGAACAAACCUAUGGAACUGUACUACGCGCCAACAAAGGAACACAAAUAAGCUGUGCUGGAAAACUGAGAUGGGACUCUCUUUUUAUAGCUAUGAAUUCUUUAAUAUUACAAGAAGGCACCACCAUUAUCUUCAUGGAUGAUACACAUGAUGCCUUCAGGCUCUCUCCGUAUACUUAUUAAUAUGAUUAGACAGUAUUCUGGGUUGUAUUUAAUUUAGUCUUUGGUUUGGGUUUUUGGUUUUUCCCUAGGAGACUAAAUGACCUAGUCCAGUGCAUUCCAGUGUUUGCCAUGCUUUUUUGUUUCUAAUGCAUGAUAACUGAAUGAGUGUUCCGGUUUGGAAUGUCUUAAUUUUGUCCAGGUAAAUCUGGAUUUCUAAUACAUUUGACACAGUUACAGUAGCCUCUGUGAAGUAUUGAGCAUUGGAUGGCUAAGUCAGUCUAUUCAAUAGUAACAUAUGCCAAGGAAUGUGUUAAAUGUUGUAAUUUGCUAAUGGUUAUCCAUAUAAAAGAUGGGUAGAGAACUUAUUUCCAAGAGUAUUGCAGCCAGAGCUCAUCUCAUUCCCUAGAAAAGAUUUAUUAGUCAUUGUCUCGGGAACAAAUAGAGCUGUACUGAGAAAACUGACACCUUAAAACCUUGCUGUUUACUGGGCUUAAUACUUCAGUGCAAGGGGAUUCAAGAGAUGGGUUUGCUUUUCAAUGAAUUUCAGUCAAGAAAACCCCAAACAACGUAAACCCCUCACUCUUUCACAUGUAGAACCUGCCAAUCGCGAUGUGCCCUGCAGCUUCCCCUCUGGCCCCUGCUGCAGUGUUACCUCAGCCUCACAAGCUCAACUGAAGAAUAUCUGGAAGUUGUACAGCCCUGCUCUGGUCCCUGUAUAAAACAGGUUUUUAUUAUGAAUGUAUCAGAAUGUUCUCUAAAGAACUGUCCUGAAAACUUUUUUUUUUUUUUUUUUAAAGCAAAUCCCAGAAAUUCCAGCACACGGACAUAAUGCAACAUCAAAAUGCUUUGCUUUAUGGAAUGUGUGCUGCCCCAGCUGUGAGCUAAUUUGGGUGUCAGUUUGAGCAAGGAGGACUUCAAAACCAUAAGCUGCUCCAAGAUUUUUUUAAAUUUUUUUUUCCAUAGCUUUAACAAAUGUGGCUUAGCACUUUGGAAGACAAUUUUAGUACUUGACAAGUUUACCAUUUAGUGUCUUAAAUUUAGGUUCAAGUUUUAGAACUUGCCAGUAGGCUGUUGGGUGAAGUCCAGUAGCUGCUGUUCAUUUGCAUGUCAAACUCCUCAUCCCUGCUCUGGACCUUGCCAUCACUUAGUGGAGGUUAAUUACCUAUUAGCAGUCUGUCUUAAGGGAAGUGAUGUUGCCGUGAGCUUCCCUUUGCUGUAAGACUUGCUGAUGGAGCCUUCACCCCUUUGCACCUGAAGCUGGAAGCAAAAAGUGUUGCAGAUCGGUAGUUGAGAAGUGUUAUACUUUAAAUCAUAUGGUUUGUCUUGCCCCUGGCCAAGACUGGUUUUGGCACGUGGUACACAAGGAUUCAGGUGCUUGGGGAGGAAUUACCACCUUUCCAUUGCUUCUGUCUCUCAAGCCUCGCACUUGUAAAUAUGUGUCCAUUCCCACUGCUGUUUCAGCUCAGCUUUAGCCCCAUGUCAAAACUGCACAGGCUUCUUUAAGUAACUUAAUUUAUUUUCUCUUAACUGGAAAGACUUUUUUUUUCUGUGACAGGAAACAGAAGUUUUCAGGCCCCGCAGAACACAGAGGGGGCAGUUUUAAAGGAAGUGUGUUACUUGUGACUUUGGUGAAAUGUUGCAUUGUGUAGACUAGUAGUGCAUGUCCACUGAAUAGAAUCUCGGGGGCGGGGGAGUGGCGAUUAUAAAUGCUUUAAAAUUUAUGGGUGAACUUCUAGACUAGCUGCAGCUUCCCUUCCCCUUGUGAUAGCAAAGGUAAGGGCCAGGCCCUUACGCGAGAGGUGUUAGUGAGGCUGAGGGGUCUGUCUAGGAGCAAUCUGUCACUUUGUCCCCCAGUUCCUUAAAAAGCGUGGGAGAAUGUGAAGCUUUUAUUUUCAUGUUGUAGUGAAUUGACUGAAUAUUUAUGUUCCUUAAAUAUUAUCUAUAUAAUGUAGUUGUUUGAUUAAACCAUUGAUUGCACUGUGACUCUUUAGUGCUAUAAACUAUUUUAUUUUCAAAAUGACUUUACUCUUCCACCUUUUAAAGCCAUAUUAUUUUUAAAGUACAUGUGCGUUAGGUACAACUAAGCUCUAGUGUCCAACUAUAGUAACACUCAAUAAAAGCCAAAGUGUUAUCAAUGA